AUGUCUAAGAACAAGGAUCCUCUGUCGUUGAUAAAUAUGCAAAGGGACUAUGUCCUUUCGCAACUUAAAUCAGUUCAAAUCCCGGGGAACUUGUAUGUUUUGGUUACCGACGAAAAAGUGGAGUCGAUGUUAAAUCAGGUAGUAUCAAAGGAUCAAUUGCUCAGGAUUGUUACUUCUACCGAGAGGAUAGAUGGCAAGAAACGACAGCAGCAGUUUAUGGAGGCGAUAUACUUUGUCGACUUAACUUUAUAUAACAUGAAGUGUAUAUUAGGUGACAUACAAACCGGUAAAUACAAAAAGGGCUAUGGGCUUUUCUUGCCUAUUUUGUGGGAAGGGUCUAAGAUCAACCUGUUCUUUAGGAGUGCUAAUUUCAUGCAAAAUCCGAAGGUUAACUCGUACUUUAACGGGGGAGAGAAUAUCAGGUAUGUGCCUGCGUCUUUCUGUCCGGUUGAAACUAGAGUAUUUUUAGCCGACAACAAGACGCCUACAUCGAUGCCCAUUUUCUUUAACGAAAACUUUGCAGAACUUGUAUUACCACAGAUAAAACUAGUUGCUAGAUCUUUGGUGAAUUUGAUGGUUAUCACCGGAGAAUAUCCAAUAAUCAGGUUCUAUUCGCUGCCAGAUUCCAAUCACCAAGCAUCAAGGUUAUCUGAAUUGAUCGCAGAUGAAUUUCAAACUCAGAUCGAUAACUAUGCUCGUCUCAACGAAGACUACCCUCCUCCUUCUUUAAGAGACAGACCGCGGUCAAUUCUUUUGAUAUGUGAUAGAACGUUGGACUUAUACGCACCAUUAUUGCAUGAAUUCAGUUACCAGGCUAUGGCUAUGGAUAUCGUCCACAGCUUGGAAAGGACGGGAAAAUAUAAAUACAAAUCUGAAAAUGAAAAGGGUGAGAUCGCUGUAGUGGAAACAACAUUGGAUAACGAAGAUGACGAAGACUGGGUAAAUUUAAGGCAUUUGCAUAUCAUUGAGAGUUCAGAGGUGAUAAUCAAUAAGAUUAACGAUUUAAUUCAAAGUAAUCCUUUGAUGAUCGACAGAUCAAAGGCCACUACUUCUAGCGAUUUAAUAUAUAUCGUUGCUCAUUUAAAGGGAUUUGACCAAGAGAGAAGACAAAUUACUUUACAUAAAAAUUUGAUUGAUGAAUGUCUCGAUAUCAACGCCUCUAGAAAAUUGGCAGAGUUUGCUGCCGAUUUUGAGCAAACGUGUGCAGCAAAUGGUGUUAGCUUCGAAGGUGUUCGCAACAAAAAUUUACAUGAUGAUUUGAUUGUUCUCUUGGCUAGAGAUGACCUUCACAUAAACGAUAAAAUGAGACUAGUGUUAAUUUAUGGUCUCUAUCGUGGAGGGUUGAUCGAAGCAGAUUUUAUAAAAUUGGUGAAAUUUAUUGGCGUUAAUGAUCGUCAAAUCAUUUCCCUCAUCUCUCGGUGCUUUACUAACCUCCACAAGCUAGGCUUCCCCAUAGUCAAAGAAAAUUUGCAGGCAAAGAAAGUCAUCAGACAUAUGUAUCAUACCAUAAAUAAUGAGGGCACCUACAAUACUUCAAGGUUUAUUCCAGGUUUAAAGAAUGUUCUCUUGAACGUAGCAAAAUAUCAACAAGAUGAAGAUGCAUUUCCCUACUUUCGUGACAAACCUCUUGAGGAUGACAUCCCUGCAUCUGGUGGCACACUUUCCUCCUCAAGCACCAACAAUCCAAGUUCUUUAAGAAAUGCGAGAGUAAAAGCAUCUUGGGCUCAACCAUCCAACAAGGUGUCUCAAAGUUCAUUUAGACCAAAACAACGCAUCUUUUGUUACGUCGCAGGUGGAAUGACUUACUCCGAAAUGCGCUCCGUUUAUGAGCUCUCGGAUCAACUCAAUAAAGAUUUCUACAUCGGCUCAGAGACCAUUUUGAGGCCCAGAGAUUUCCUUAUCGGUCUUCAAAGUAUCGAUACGGCUAAAAGUUCUAAUGACCUUGACUUAAAUCUCAUCCGAGAAUUGAAUCAACCCACAGAACCUCCCUUAUAUCUAUUCGAACCUGAUCGUCCUAAAGCACCUCCAUUAUCGGCCGUACCAAAUACUCUGGAUGCUCAUCGUUUAACUGCUGCUGCUGCUGCAACAUCUUCGUCAUCUUCCCUUCCUCUGCAUUAUCAGAAAAGGCUGCAAAAUAACUACACUUCAGACUCCCAGGUGUCCCCGGAAAAGCAUAAAAAGAAGAAUAAAUUGAAGAAUUUAUUUAAGUAA